ACCAGUAACUUACCGCCUAAUCGUAUUCAGAAACCAGGUUUCCGCCUAAACUUAUACAGCACACAAGUAGAGAGACACACAGCAUCUGCCAUUGUGAAAUCUGAAGUGAAUGGAAAAGAAAAAAAUGAUCUCUGCAUCAAACCCUAACCCUAAAAAUGUGUACCACAUCGGCGGUCUGCAAGUGGAGUUUCCCUAUCAGCCAUACGGGUCUCAAUUUGCCUUUAUGGGUAGAGUAAUUUCCACCCUUAAUCGAGCUCAGAAAGAAGGCCAUUGUCACGCGUUGCUUGAGUCUCCAACCGGCACUGGCAAGUCCCUGUCGCUUCUCUGUUCCUCUCUCGCUUGGCAGCACCAUUAUAAAUCUCAACACCACCACCUCAAGUCCGCACAUGAGGCAACCGCCGAUCCUCUGGCUUAUGGCGGCGGUUUUGUUCCCGACGAAGUUCCACUUUCUUCUGAAAGUCUGGACCGUACGCAAUCUGAGGGCAACAACAAGAAGCAGAAGAAAAAGGAAGCACCCACUAUAUAUUAUGCCUCGAGAACACACUCACAAAUUUCUCAAGUGGUUCGUGAAUUGCGGAAAACUGCAUACAGGGUUCCUAUGGCUGUGUUGGCAUCGCGGAAACAUUACUGCACAAAUAAAAAUAUAAUGGGCAAAGAGAACAUCAACGAUGAAUGUAAACUAUUAUUGAAAGAUCAGGCAACGGGGUGUCCAGAAUUCAAAAAUGCUCAUAAAGUCAAAGGUCAUCCAUCCCUUCAUAAAGGAGGAUGCAAUGAGGUACAUGACAUAGAAGAUCUUGUAAAAGUUGGACAAUUGGUAAAAGGUUGUUCUUAUUAUGCUGCUCGUUCUAUGUCAGAUGAUGCACAGUUGGUAUUUUGUCCAUAUAACUACAUCAUUAAUCCAGUCAUUCGGGCAGCAAUGGAUGUGGAUAUUAAAGGAGCCAUAGUGAUUCUUGAUGAAGCUCACAACAUAGAGGACAUUGCUCGUGAUGCUGGCAGUGUGGAUAUUGAAGAGGAUGUUGUGGAUAAACUACAAAUGGAGCUUCAACAACUUUGUUCUAUUAAGGCUGAAAUUUACCAACCGCUAUAUGAAAUGACACAGGGCCUUACUAGUUGGAUGGAACAGAAGAAGAACAAGCUAGAAAAACGUGAUUUUCAGCACUAUGUGUCUUGUUGGACUGGUGAUAAGGCUUUAAGAGAGCUUGAAGAAGCAAAUAUUUCAAAACAGUGUUUCCCUAUCUUGCUAGAAUGUGCUACCAAGGCAAUCAAAGUUGCUACAGACUUGGAGACAGAUGCACCGCAUAUAAGUGCCAUGUCAGUGAUAACAUUGGAAGGCUUAUUCUCAUCGCUAACUUAUUUCUUCUCGAGAAAUGGAUCUCACAUGUUGGAUUACCAGCUUGCUCUUCAGCGAUGUAUCAGAGAAGAUACUGGAAGAGCUUCUAGAAACUGGACAUACACUUUAAGUUUAUGGUGCUUAAAUCCAGCAGUUGUGUUUAGAGAUGUUGCUAAUCUUUCUUUAUCAGUCAUCUUGACUUCAGGAACACUGUCACCAAUGGCAUCCUUUACCUCUGAGCUUGGAGUUCAUUUUGAAACUAGUCUAGAAGCUCCUCAUGUAAUUGAUGUUGACUCACAGGUGUGGCCCGCUAUAAUCUCCACUGGUCCUGGCAAUUAUCCUUUAAAUGCAAGUUACAAAACAGCAGAUGGAUAUGCAUUCCAGGAUGCAGUUGGAAAAUCUUUAGAGGAAAUCUUCAAGAUUGUUCCAGGUGGAUGCCUUGUGUUCUUUCCAAGUUAUAAAUUGAUGGACAAAUUAUGCAAGCGUUGGUCUGAAACAGGUCAAUGGUCUCGACUAAAUGCAGAAAAGCCUCUUUUUGUUGAAUCAAGAGGAGGAAGCCAAGAAGAUUUUGAACUUGCAUUAAAGGGGUAUUAUCAUUCAAUUCAUGGCAAAAUACCUGCACUGAAAAGGAAAAGAAGGAUUAAGAAAAUUGAUCUAAAUCAUGCUCAUGCAGUUGAUUCCCUACAGAAUUCUGAGAAAGGAGGAGCUGCUUUACUUGGUGUUUGUCGAGGAAAGGUUUCUGAAGGAAUUGAUUUCUCCGAUGAUAAUGCCAGAGUAGUUAUUAUUGUUGGUAUUCCAUUUCCCAAUAUAAAUGAUAUUCAAGUUGCACUGAAGAAGAAAUAUAAUGACACCUACAAAUCAUCCAAAAAUCUUUUGAGUGGAAGUGAGUGGUACUGCCACCAAGCAUUCCGAGUUUUAAAUCAAGCAGCAGGGCGCUGUAUACGACAUAAACUUGAUUAUGGAGCAAUUGUCCUAUUGGAUGAACGUUUUCGGGAUGAAAGAAAUAGGGCAUUCAUUUCAAAGUGGCUAAGAAGACCGUUGAGAGUAUAUGACAGCUUUGAUUUGUCAUUGGAGGGACUAAAAUCUUUCUUUGAGGAUGCCAAGAAACAUUAUGGCAUAAAUACAGUACAUGCCACACAGAGUUUGGGUUUAAAUGGGGAUGUCGUCCAAAUCAAGGAUCAGAAUGCAUGGUUCAAAAGAAAGAAAAAUCAGAAGCUGAACAAGUCUGGUAAUGGAGAUGGGAGAGAAACAUCAGUGAUUGAGAAUAACAUGUCUUUUCCCACACUAACCCCUCAAGAUCUUGUUGAGAGUCAGCCAUCAGCUCAAAAGAGCAGUAACACAUACAAUUGUAAAUAUCUCCCACAAUGCUGUAAUCAGACAGAGCCAAGGUUCACUGGAGAAUCAUCUGUGGCAAUCAUACAUGAGGAAACUUCCAUUGUCAUGGAAACCCCUUGUAUAGAUGUUGAAAAUGAUCCCACUAGUCCUGAUUACUCCAAGGAUGACAACUCUGGUUCCAUCAUAAUUGAGGCCUCAGCUCAAUUUGCAGAUCACUUAUCAAGUCUUUCAAUAAUGUCUUUAACUAAAGGAAGUAAAAACUCUUCAAGGGCCCAGUCUUCAAUAACAAUUACUCCUAAAAAGAAUGUAAUUACAAGUGAUAUUCCAGAAAUGGAAAGUGUUAACUCUCAUAAUCAGAAAAGGAGAAAUCCCAUGGUCACUCCAUUUAUAAACCUCGUUGAAGAAGAUAAUUUUGUUGCACCUUGUGCCAGUCCUCUUACAUGGUACACAAAAAGCUCCGUAGAUGUUAGAGAGAUAACUCAUGGAAGUGAAUAUGGUUUCAAGAGAAUUUUGAAGUCAAAUUCUCCUCCAUUACUGACAAGCACUAUACCUGGUUCUUGUUCACCAACUGCCCCUCCACUAGACAAAAGGUUACAGAUAUUUUGUUCACUCUGCAAAAGUCCAUUGGGCCGACCUGAGAAUCAUCUAUAUCUUACAUGCUCAUUGAUUUCAUCAUCAAAAAAUCAUUUGAGAUCCCUUUUGAAACAGAGGUUGAAAACUUACAAUACUGAUACUUUAAAGAGUGUUCCAGUUAUAAUUACCGAUUCUUUAUUUGUUGAUCAACGAAUUUGCAAUGGAAUACCCAAAAGUGCAAUGGAACAGGGUAUUUGGUGUCCAGAAGAUGGGUGUGUCUUCAGCACUAUUUUCUGUCCCUUCUGCAGUAAUAUCAACAAUUUGCUAGGAGUUCAGAUCAUGGCUACUGACUCAUCAAAUGUUCAGUUACUUGACAAGGUGACUUUUACCACCAGGAUAUUGUUUUACUUUGAUUCAUUGGAAGUGAAGAGCAGUGAGGAAUCAGGGAACGUUGCCUCAGGGAAAGUGGAUCUGUCGCCAGUUAAAGACUCUAGGGAGGAUGAAAUUGCUGUCUUAAAUUCUAUUGAGAAAUAUUCUUAUUUUCCCCGACCAGGGAAUUCAGAAGUCUAGAAGACUAGAAAUUCUAAGGUGUGCAUCUCGUGCGAUUAUUAGUAAGGAGCAACAACAGAAGAAGAAUAAUGAAGAAGAGUAAGAAAAAGCAUUGAAGUCGUUGGAGAUCGAGAUGACCCCGUUUUCUCCCACUACCUCACGCCGCAAGCACGACGACCCCGUCACUGUCAGAACACUCCGCAUAUGGGAUCUCUCUUCCUUUCGAAUAGAGAAUCACUACUUUUGAUGAAUGGAGAAGCUUAACGGGAUCAAAGGCAUUAAUUUUAGACUCGUCGUUAUGGCUCUUGUUUCAGAUGAUUUUCAAGGAAUGAAAAAGGAUGUCGUGUUUGAAAGUUGGUGUGAACCUGAUACCGUUGUUUUGAGAGGUGUGUCGUCGUAGUGUUUCACUGAGCCUAGGUUUCAUCUAAGCCCUACAUGCUAGUUACUCACACCAUCUUCCUAGGUUUUGGAUACUAUGGUUUCGAAAGCGGAGAGGUUUUCGGAUUUGUUGAGCAAAUUUGCGCAGAGUUCCAAGGAGGUUAGAUGUUUUGGGUUUGUAUUUGUGAUCAGAGAAGGGAUGUUUUAGGUGUGGGUCGUUGUUUGAUGGUGGUGGUGCAUGGAGAGGUUGCAAAAAAGGAGGAAGGAGCUUGCAUAAAUGUCGUUUUUAAUUUUAAAAAAUUAAAUUUUUUUUCAUGCCUAAUCCCUCUCAAACAAAGAUUACAAGUGACACUACAUAUGGCAUUUUUGCGUGACCGGUUAAUGGUCAUGUAGUCAAAUAAGAUUUUGACCAACCAGAGACAAUUUUUCAAAUAUCAGGGAUCUGAUUUGAAGGAAAAAAUUAUUAGAAAUUAAACGCAAAAAAUAAAUAUUUAUC